AUCUGUUCUUUUCUGGCACAAAACAUCCACCUAUCCAUUCAGAUACAUAUAUUUACAUCAUCACCCGUUUAUAAAGCAAUGGUACCCACUUGGGCCACUUCCAUUUAGACUUCUAAUCGCCUGCGAGAUUUUUCUCCAUUUUUUUUUCUUUCUAUUCAGACUUUUCUUCUCUGAUCAUAACUGCCAUAACUAUUUCCAGAUUCCCUUCUCCAAUAAUAAAACUCUUGUUUUGGUGCUCAGGAGCUUCAUCGUUUAAUUCCAACUUCUGGGUUUUUUUUUUUUUUUGCAUGAUCUUCAUCUGUCAAACUGCACCUUUCUGGUUCUUGAAAAUUUUCCCUUUCUAAAUAUCCAAAACCCAUCAAGAAAAUCUCAUAGUAAUCACAACCCUUUUCAUAAAACCAAGAUCUGUACAGACCUGCAUUCUCGGUUUCUCUUUUGACUCUCCCAACUCAUUUGCUCAGUCUGUAUCAUGAAUCCUCCGGGCUUCGUGAUAGACGAAUUUCCUGGACUGGGUCCACUGAAUUCCGGUGAGCCGUCCAUGGCCAGACCAAUGGAAGGACUUCACGACGUGGGUCCCACGCCUUUCCUCACCAAAACAUAUGAGCUGGUUGAUGAUCAGAACACCAAUCACGUGGUUUCUUGGAGCGGAGGACACAACAGCUUUGUUAUCUGGGAUUCCAUGGCAUUUUCCACUAGUGUUCUCCCUAGGUACUUCAAGCACAACAAUUUCUCAAGCUUUGUUAGGCAACUCAACACUUACGGAUUUAGAAAGGUUGAUCCAGAUAGAUGGGAAUUUGCCCAUGAAGCCUUUCUGAGAGGACAGAAACAUCUUUUAAAGAACAUCAAAAGGAGAAAGACACCUAAUUCUCAAUCUCAAACUUCACAAGGCCUGGAGCCUCCUUGUGUUGAAGUGGGUAGGUUUGGAUUAGAUGCAGAAAUUGACCGGUUAAGGCGGGAUAAGCAGGUUUUAAUGGUGGAGUUAGUGAAAUUAAGGCAAGAACAGCAGAACACUAGAUCCUACAUCAAUGCAAUGGAAGAGAGACUAAGUGGGACAGAGAUGAAGCAGAGACAAAUGAUGGGGUUCUUGGCUAAAGCAAUGCAUAAUCCGAGUUUCUUGCAGCAGUUGAUCCGACAAAACAACGUUAGGAGAGAAUUGGAGGAGGAAAUUUGCAAGAAAAGGAGGCGACCGAUCGAUCGAGGUCAUGGAAAUGUUGGUUUUGGACUUCGCGAUUUAGGCCAGGGUGGAGAAGGGGGCUUUGGUGUUAAGCUAGGACCUAGUUACAAUUAUGGUGAUAUUUCUGGGUUAAGUGCUUUGGAGCUAGAGCAACUUGCAGGGGAGAUCGGGGGGCUAAGUGAAAUAGAGGAGAAAAUGGGGGAAGAAUAUGUGGGGAAAGAAGAAGAGAUGGGUUUUGGAGGUAACGAAAUUGGUGAAGGGUUUUGGGGAAACUUGUUAGAUGAUGGGAUUGAAGGAAAGAUGGGUUCAUUGGGUGGCGAAGGAGAAGAUGAAGAGGAUGUGGAUGUGUUGGUAGAGCACCUUGAUUUCUUGGGUUCUAGCCCAUAGUAGAGUGAGUGGCUAGUCCUUAAAAAUCUGUGUACGAGUCGGAUGCACUUCUGAUGACCACAUGAUAUGAAAGAAAUUCCGAAGCAAACAAACCCGGAGGAGGCAAGAUUGGAAGGUUGUGAGUGGAUCGAGACGUGGUACGAGAAUUCUGCGGACAGAGGAUAUCCCGUGCCCGUAUGAAUUUAUUUCUCUCAACAAUGAUCAAGGUAGUAGACCAUUUCUUAACUGCCUAUCUGAUGUCUUGGUUCUCUCUUAAUGUGGUUUUCAUGAUUCCAGGAGUACUAAUGAACAAGCAACUCUAGCUCUCCAUGUUUUAUUCUUUCGGUACCUUGAUUGUUUUUAACUGCAAUCCAUCUCCUUUCUAAUCAAACUGGUUGUAUUGGACUACUUGGAUAGUUGGAUUUGUUUGAAUAUUGCAAAGUUUGACA